AUGAAGUGCCCAGAUUGUCCACAGGACAUAGCUGAAUUUAUUCAAAAUCCACAGGUUAAUAAGAGUAUUGAGAAUGCCAUAGAAUUACUCCAGCAGAAAGAGGAAGAUGGACAAGUGGAAGAAACAUGUGUCUCGAAGACUACUGGAAGCCAUACAACCAUUGUCAACAUUGUUGAUCAUGUACUUUUAGCUCACAUUGACCCCGUAGAGAAAUUCCUGCCUUCUUACAGAUUUGAUAAACUCUCCAGUAGAGACAUCGAUCGAUGGGUUCUUCAUCUGUCAAGAAAUUCUGUCAAACAGAUCAUGCUCGACAAUCGGAAAGCGCCUCUCUAUAAGCUGCCAUCAUGUUUUUUCUCUUGUCAAGAUAUGACUCGUUUAGAUUUAUGUCAUUGUAUGCUAAUACCACCACCAACAUUUCAAGGAUUCAAGAGUUUGAAGCAACUUGAUAUUGACGAUGUUACCAUGGCCCAAGAUGUGUUUGAACAAUUGAUAGUUUGUUGCCCUCUGCUUAAGGCAUUGACUUGUAUAAGCUGUGACGGCUUCAGCCAUAUAAAGAUUAAUGCACCAAAACUCCAUUUCCUUCAUGUUGGAGGUCCUUUUGAGGAUAUUAAUCUUGAGAAUACUGUCAACCUUGUUGAAGUCAUCAUAAUUACGGGCACCACUAAUCACAAACCAUCGGUGGGCAGUUCUUGCAAUUUGGUCAAGUUUGUUGAUCAGCUGCCUCACGUUAAAAGGCUCACAAUAGGUUUCGACUUUUUGGAGUACUUGGCUGUUAACAUUGGUGACUUGCCCCGAGAGCUUCCUACAUCAUGUCUGCAUCUGAACUUUCUUUCUAUAGACAUAUACUUUGAUAAGGAGGAAACUUUAACUGUUCUAUGCCUUCUGAGAAGCUGCCCUGCUCUACAAGAACUAAGGAUUCGGGCGCUCCAGGCAGUGUAUCAUGCUGAGGUUGCAGAAGAUAAUUCUUGGCUGGAUCAUGACAAUCACAAUUGCUCAUUCACCCAACUGAGAAUUGUACAUAUGACAGAAGUCUCUGGUGUGAAAGCCGAACUAGAUUUCAUCAGAUAUCUGCUUUUAAAUUCACCUGUGCUUGAGAUAUUCACUGUAAAGCCUGCUUCUACCGAUGUUUCUAGGGAUAUGGUAAAGAAGCUGCUACGGUUUGGGCGCGCCUCGGUGCAUUCAGAGAUAAUCUACUUGGACCCAUGA